AUGUCUUCCAAACGCCAGAACGACGAUAAUGAUUGUGCAGACGUCAGACCUGCCAAGAAGAGUCUCCCUAUGACGACGGCAGAAGAUCGGAUGUGCGAAAUCCUUUUGAAGAAAAUGAUCGAUCGAGGCCUGGUGGUCAACCCUCCUGCUCAGUCUGUAAAUACUAGUAGUAGCACCAAUCAGUCCACCAGUGAUGCUGGUCCAUCUACCAGCAAAACAACUCUGCCUACAGUCACAACAGCAUCUACACCUGCUGCAUCAUACAUCAACGAUUCAGUCUUCUCUGUGAAUGCUUCGUCAUUAUUUGGUGUGCAGGGCACUUCAAGUUCACAAACAGUGCAGGACACUUCCAGUUCACAAACAGUUCAUCUAAGUAAUUCUGUUUCUUUAUCACGACAUCUGCCUGAAAAAAUCAAGCAGGAAAUUUGGCAGGACAAGUUCGUUGAGUUUUCUGCCCUGCUCCCUGGAUCUGCCCCGGCUCAGCUAUCUCUUAAUUUUUCGGAAUCAGAUGAAAAUCCAGUUCUUAAGAUAACUUCUUCACAAAAAUCUAAACAAUUGUCAUUUGAUCAAUGGCAACAGGCGUUUGCCAUAUUUAUGGACGUUGUGGUUCAACAGAAUCCAUCUUUGGCCUCUUCAUUACUUGUGUAUAACAAUUUAAUAGCUGAGCUUGCGCGGGUUUAUGGGGUUAAGGCUUUCAAUUUUUAUGAUAUACAGUUCCGCUUAUUUCGCUAA